AUGCCUUUCGUGCCCAAUACCCCCGAGUCGCUAUCUGCCCUCCUCUCGCGUGCCGAUUCAGAGAACCCUUCUACCACAUGUUGUGGUGUAUCAAACACUGGGAAGUCGUGUCGCCGCAAGCUGACUCCCUCAAAGUCGGGCCAGCCAACCUCUGGUAUAAUUGCCGUAUUUAGCGGUCAAAAAGUCUUCUUUUGUGAACAGCACAAGGACCAGUCCCAGAAUAUAGCCCUCAGGCAUACCGCCUCCUUCGCCAGGAGACGUGAAUUGCUUGGUCGUGGAAGCAUGGACACUCUUAUUGAGCAAGUUGAAUUGCUGGUCGCUAGUGGGAAGCCUGGAGAGGCUACAACCACUACAACUGUGGCUUCCAGGACCAAGAAAGUUGGCCCGGGGGGUGAUCCAUUCGUCCACCCUCCCAAGUUUGCAGGGGUGCCAAGACCCCCUACCAGUCACCGGCGGGAAGAAAGGACGCAGAAGAAACAAUCCUUCUGGUCCAAACUGUGCUGUUGGGUUCAUGAGGACCCGAGGGAAGAUUCUUACCCUGGGGCCAGGAAGGAGGAAGCGGGAUUGCACGAAGCUGCCGCCGGCAUCGUGGGAAAUGAUUCCUCCGAGAAGCGCGGGAAAACGCAUAGAAGGGGCAAAAGUGACACACGCGUGGUGGACUUUGAACCCACUCCACCAACACCACCAUUGCCAUUGAUGUACCCAGAUCUCAGCGCUCUGGCUAGCCAGGACAAGCGCAAUACUAGCGCAGCUGCAACACCCAGACCGGCAACGGCAGGUGGUCGAAGAAAUAAAGGUAGGCACCCAGAACAGAACCGCUGGAUGUGAUUCUGACAUCCGCCCAGGAAACCCCCUGAUACCACCAACUUUAACGGAAAAGACGGCACAACGCAUUGAACAGGAGCUUGCAAAGCCCUUUUCUGAGAAAGAUGAGCCAGGGUACAUUUAUGUGUUCUGGCUAUCAGAUUCUCCCAUAUCACCGCAGCCAACUCCAGCCACUACACCCAAUGGCACACCCAAAAAGUCUGGCGGGCGUUCCCACCAAAGGAGUGCUUCGGAUGCAUUGCAAAAGAUGGUUGAGGAUGCCGAGAACGCGCAACAAGGGCAACGCAUAUUGCUAAAAAUCGGGCGAGCAAACAAUGUUCAACGACGCCUUCACGAAUGGUCAACCCAAUGCGGGUACAACUUGUCAUUAAUCCGUUUCUACCCCCACAUCUCAGCGUCCUCUCCAGGACCCACCACCCCGAAAAAAGCGACAACCAAGGUCCUGAACAAGGAAAUUGGAAAGAAAGUGCCGAAUUCCCACCGGAUCGAACAACUAAUCCACCUGGAGCUCGGUGACAACCCGGAAAAUCGUCCGGAGAUCAAAUGCGAUGUCUGCAAGAGGACGCACAAAGAAUGGUUCUCAGUACCGGCCACCCGCGCAGGACUGGAGGGCGUAGACGAAGUGGUCAAGAAGUGGAUCGAAUACGGGGAGAAGAGUGCCAUGGUCACCGGGAGAGACCCGGCGGCGCAGGCACCGCGCAUCCCCAAGGCUACUCCAGCCAAAACGGCUGCCAGCCCUCCAAAGAAGUACGACACCGCCAGGCCGGUUGCGAAGCGGCCAACACUGCAGGGCGCCCCGGUUGGCACCGGCGCCAAAGCGGCGGCCAAAAAGUCCCCAUCGCCUUCCAGGAAAGCUGGUGGAAGCGCGGGCAAUACCAAGACUGAUGAUUCCUCGAGUAUCAGUGCCAAGACUACGUCCUCGAGAAAUGCAAAGACUCCAUCCCCGGGUAGGAGGACGGGGCCACGGACGCCGAGCCGCCCUCCGUCUUCCCGAGGCAGGGACUCUUCCACCCCGAAGACUACCCCUCCGUCGCCGUCGAGUGCGGGCAGCAGUGGAAGGAAGAAGAGGCCUAGCGGCGGUGGGAGGUGGAAGCUCUAUGACGAGAACGAAGGGAAUGAGGAGUAUCGACCCGAGGACGAGGUAGAAUAG